CGGAUGAAACAACAGACGAGGCUCGUCUACGGAUCGCGCAGGAGUACCUUCGCCAGGUGUCGGCGACAGCAAAGGGGAGGCGGCCAAAGAAGGGCCCCUCAGAACUUUUCCCUUCUGCUUCUGAAGCACAAGGAGAAGCAGAAGCACCAGAUCCUGCCUUUGCGUCUUCAGAAGACAGCGACGGCAGCAGAGAUAAUGAGGAUUCAGAUGAUGAUGAUUUGUGUGAAUACGAAGAAGGGAAGGAGGCCCUGGCAGCAGAACUCAAGAAGAAAGCAGAGAAAGGCAAACUUUCUUCUCACCAGAUGUCGUCUGUGGCCGCCGACAUUCGCCUAAAAGACGCGGCGUUUUUCAAAGGCCACAAACUCCCCGUCACAUGCGUUGCCCUCCCUGGAGAGGGAAGCUGCGACCCUAGCAACAGCAGCAGCAGCAGCAGCGGUUGUGCGUACACUGGCGGGAAGGACUGCUGCGUGAUUCGGUGGGACUUAGAGACUGGAAAGAAGGUGAUUUUCAAGGGCCAGCGAAACUGUUUCGUUGUUGCAGGAGACAGAAACAGCAACAGCAAGAGCAAUGGAAUUAGUGCAAACUCUUCUAGAGGCCAUUUUAGAGCUGUUUUAAGCGUUUGCGUCGCCGAUGAUGAACGGCUCUUCUUCUCUGGAGGCGCAGAUCACACCAUCAAAGCGUGGGACCCUCGCGCCUCUAACGAAAGGUGUAUAUUUGAGCUACGUGGACACCGCGGAGCUGUGACUGGCCUCUGUUUGAACGGCGGGAAGUUGGGGGCGACGGACGCUGAAAGCCAAUUGCUGAGUUGCAGCGCCGACAAGUCCAUCAGAAGUUGGAGUGUCAGCUGCCGCAGCUUCUCAAACUGCUUUUAUGGCCACGCCUCAGAAAUCAACUGUAUAGACACUUUGCAAGCAAACAAACCUAUCACAGGAGGCAGCGACGGCACCCUCAGAAACUGGAAGCUCGUGCAAGACACACACAUAGCCUUCCCUCCUCUGGGGUCGUGCGUGGAUUCUGUGUCGCUGCUCUCGCCAUCUCUUUUCGCCUGCGGGACCCAAGGGGGUUUGCUGGCUUUGUUCACCAGCAGCUGCAAGCGGCCGCUGUCUUGUGUGCGUGUCAGCCAGCACGCUGCUGCGGUUGCUGCCUCCGGAGACACCUCGGAAGCUACGCACACACUCCAGGCGCUGCAGAAAGCUCCAGCGCCUCUACGAGCCACUGCAGCAGCAGCAGCUGUCUCUGCGGUUUGCGCUUUUCCCUUCACUGACGCACUUCUCGUGGGCCUGGAAGAGGGAACUGUGCAGCUCUGGGAGGCCUCCCAAGCAGCCAAUUUUGUUCGGUUGGCGUCUAGCGUUUUGCUCAGUUGGCACCUCCUACAUGAAAUUCUAUGGAGAAAGGAGGGGGCGGCUCCCUGCGCCCUGUGCUUGGUGCAUGCAUUGGGGCUGGCGGCUCAGUAA